GGCAUUCGCAAAUUAAAUCAGCGGAUGGUGGAGUGUAACUUUGAUACAUACAUAUAAGUACAUCUGUCAUUGAAAGUUAGAUUUUUGUAGGGAAAUAUCGUCCGUGAACCUCUUUGUCAAUAAAGUAAUGACAUUUUCCUUAGGUUGUUUUUGAUUGGCAGUGAUUUUCGCGACGAUAAAUCCUACUUCGGGCGAUAAAGCAAGAGAAGAAACCGCACGACGUAAAAAAGUUUCCAUCCGUCUUGUGGGGACUUGUGUCACUUCGCGAGACAAGUGUUUUUCUUCAAGUGGGAGUCGGACGAGAAGAAAACAAAUAUACCUGGACGCGACAAUAGGAAAACUUUUCGAUCAGGUUUUCCCGAUAAAAUACGAAAUGACAUGCGAUGAUUGUUCGAAUGAUGUAGCGAUCGCCGGCGAAGAAUAGAUCUAAGCAACAAAGUUGCAUACUUUGAAUACCCUACAACCUAAAUAUUACAAACUUGCAAUUUUAAAGAUGAAUUCAGUUAAUAUCAUAGCCAUAUAUUUUAUUACAUUAGCGUAUGUAGCUUUAGGUGAUAUAAUUAUAUACAGAGCAGACACAGAAGAGAUAAUUGAAGAGUUCCAUGACUUACCGGCUCAGUUUGGUGGUACUGUUCCCACCGAGGGACUCAAAGUUUUUGCUAUAGAGUCAUUUCCGACAGAUGGCUGCGGUAAAAUUUCACCGGCACCAGUCAAGCCAGAUGACUUUCCGUUGCCGCCUGCUAAAUUUGUUGUGGUUAUAGCAAGAACUAAUUGCACAUUUGAGGAUAAAGUUCGUAAUGCCCAAACGGCAGGAUAUGAUGGUGCGAUUGUUUUCAAUAUCGGUAGCAAUGAGCUAGAACGAAUGUCUGCUAAAAAUGGGGAAGACAUACACAUUCCAUCGGUGUUUGUUGGCGAGCUUUCGGGACGAUUAAUUAUUAAUAACUAUGUCUGGAAAAGCGGUUACAAACUGCUCCUAAAAGAGGAUUAUCCGUUUAAUAUUAAUACACAUCUUAUCCUGCCAUUUUCAAUACUAGUUGGGCUGUGUUUUAUUAGUAUGGUUGUCUACAUGAUCUACAAGUGUGCUAGAGAGCAAAGACGAUUACGACGACAUCGCUUGCCCAAAAGAUUGCUUAAGAAAAUUCCCGUCAUAAAAUAUAAUAAGAACCAACCCUACGAAUCAUGUAGCAUAUGCUUAGACGAUUAUGUAGAAGGCGAGAAGCUACGAGUACUUCCAUGCGCGCAUGCAUAUCAUUGCCAAUGCAUCGAUCCUUGGCUGACUAAGAGCAGACGAAUCUGCCCGCUCUGUAAGCGGAAGGUUUUUGUACGAGGCGAGCCCAGGAACGUCAGGAGGAGGAACAAUUCAUCGGACAGCAUGUCGGACUCCGAAACGGAUGAUACAACGCCUCUAUUGAAUCCUGUUGAAAAUUCUAAUCACGGGACAUUUUCUAUUGGGCAAAGAAAUAUACAGGGCGAUAAUGCGAACGAACGGCCCACAUCCGACGAUGAAAACCUUCUGGCCGACAGUUCGAAUCAGAGCUCUACUGGUAGAGUUAAUCCUUUCAAUCGAGUACCUAAUUUGCCGCCAAAUCUUUUAGACGAACUAACUGGAAGACAAUCCAUAUGGAGUAGGCUAUCAAGGAUAUUUCGUCGUCGACCAGACAGCCCCACGCAAUUAAGCAACACUUCAGAUUCCCUUCCAAUAACAAACGACAUAACCGUAUCCGUAUCAGCAGCUAUAAACACAUCUCAACACCCCUCAUCCAAUAACGUUUUGAAUACGAAUCUAAGUGGAUCUUUCAAGGACAGUGAUGAUGAGGAGAAUGUUGCGCAAAGUUCCAUUUACGAACCGAUCGCUUCGCCAACAGAUGCCAAUGCUAUCAACCAAAUGUUCGUGCACACGCCUAGUGAAGGGCGUCUUGGUGUGGUUGCGUUGCCAAAUGUUAAUUUCAAUACAACAGCGACUAGUGGGGCUGACGGUAGUCGUGUGAAUGGCCGACGAAGAAAUGAAGAUCGAAGUUUUAUGGUUUAAUCUCCUUUCGUUUAGUUGCAACCAAUGUUAAUCUAAUAAUUAUUCCGAAAUGUGAUUUAAUGUGAAAUUAAUGAGAAAAAAACGCUAUUUUAGCCCCGUAGUUGUAUGAGUUGAAAGAAUUGAUGACGUUUUAUAAGCAGAGAGAAAACAAAUCGCGUAGAAGUUAUGUUCUUAUGGUGGACUAGUUAUGAUACGUAAGAACAAUGCGGUGUCGUCGCCUGUAUAUGAUAAAAAAUGUUCACAACUAUUUCUUUUUAUGAUUAAGGAUAUUGUUAUUUGAGUUAUACAAAAAAAAAGUUUUUAUUAAUGUAACCGUGUAUUAAAUAUUUAGUUAUUUAAAUAAAAAAUAAUGAUGUAACCUUUA